AUGGCGCCAUCAGCCCGGGCAGGCGAAUCCAUGUCCAGCAUAGCCUUCUCGAUGAAUCCUCGUGACUCUCGUGUCGUCAGCAUCUACGACAAGUACCUCUACGAUCCAAAGGACCUCGAAUCGUCUGAUCCACGUCGCCGUGAACUCGCUCGCAAAGCGAGUCAGCUCAAAUUGCACGGUCGCCCCGCCAACGACAUGGACGCCAACGGCAUGCGAUCCACCAAUCAGUCUCAUCCCUUCCCGCUUCAGCGUAAAAGCGUCAUCUUCUCUCACAACACCAAGACUGCCGACGGCCAUGCCGCCAGUUCCGUCAAUGCUGGUGUUGGCCCCUCCAGCCAUCGACCCAGCUACGCAAGUGCUUCUUCCGAACAUCUUGAUCACAGCCAUGACCGAGACUCGGGCGCUUUCGGCUUAGGUCUGGGCAUGCUGGGUGGAAGCGACACCGAGUCGGACUCAGACAGCGAUGAUGAUCGUCCUAGGCCAAACAAGACAACCGUCAGCAAGGCGCAGCACAGUCAGACAACCGACAGGCCCGAGAGCUGGACAGAUCGCGCAGUCGCUGUCGGCCAUCGUCCCCCUGACCAUGCGUCUCAGAACCCUCCCUCGCUCAAACUCAUGGCGCUUAAAUCGGCCAAACAAGGCGGCGGUUCCUUCGACGCAUCCCAAGACGAGAGGCAUAGCAGGCUGACCGUCGAUAACAAUGCUGUAGAUCGCACCUCGCGACAUGGCAGCACCAUCGGCUUUGCUGGUGCACCCAUAGACCCUCAGGCUCCCUCGCGGUCGGUUGAUCCGCUUUCUGGGUCCAAACGAUUCAGCGCCCGAACAGCCUUGACCAAACAGCUUGGUCUCGCCACCCCCAAUCCAGAGCCAGUUGGAGCACCAGCCCAUCGCGGUCCUUCCCCUGACCAGCGCACCACCCCGCAGGACUACUUUGACAGUCGCGCUCCUAGCGCCACUCGGGCCCGCUCGCCACAACGCAAUAACGCUCCUCCGCCCAUCGCCCGAGCUCAACAGCAAAACUUUGCCCCCCCGCCGCACAAUGCGCGCGGAAUGCCCUCACCCAUGGGUUCCCAACCUGGAUCUGCUACGACUCCCACCAGCGCCACGCCUCUGCGUUCGCCAGGGUAUGGUCCUUCAGCCACGCCAUCCCCUAACCGACCCUAUGCCGCAGGACCUAUGCCGCCAAAUGUUUUGCAGCGAGGCGCGCCUUCGCCUUACGGCCAAACACGCCCACUGGGACCUGGUGCGCCCGGUGGACUCGGCGGUCCCCACCAGCAGCCUCCGUACAACGGCCCGAAUCGUCCUGCUCCUGGCUCUCACCAUCCUUCUUCGCUUCAGGCCGGUCCAGGCGCGAGGCCACCUCCCAACAACAUGCAACGGGGACCCGGUCCGCAAGGCCCGAAUGGCCCCGGAGCAAGAGUUCCUCCAGGAGCCAACGGCGGCUUUGGUCCUUCCUUUUCCGACGCUCCUGGUCCUUCUAAACGUCAGUCCAUCUUUCGCAGGUCCAUGGCCAUGCUUGGUGGUGGCCCCCAGGUGGGCCCUCCCGGCAAUGGCGCAGGUCCUCCCAAUGCUUCGCGUUCUCAACCCGGACAGAAGCGACAGUCCUUCUUCCGAAGAAGCAUGGCCAUGCUCACCGGAAGCAACGGCGCUUCCAACCAUGCCAAUGUUCCACCGCCGCAUCAAGGUGGCCAGCAGAUGCGCAUGCCAGCUCCCGUCGUCCCGCGUGCACCUUCUGCGCCGCGCGUUCAGGGCCUGCAGAACGAUUUCGAGAAGCCAGAUCACCCGCGAAAGUCGCAGUUCCUCGGGGCAGGCGGUGAAGGAGCAGAGUGGGAUACUGACGGCGAAGGAGCCAAAUUCUGGCGUCGCUUCUCCAUGGCGCAAAGGACAGCUGGCUCGCACAAGCUUGAGGAUGGCAGCAAAGCUUGGAUGGCAAGCGUGGCAAAAGGAAAGAAGAAGCUCAUCGUCAUGGGCGUCAUUGGGAUCAUCUCCUUGGUCGGCAUCAUCGUCGGCGUCAUCGUGUGGAGGGAGAUCGUCGCUCCGUCCGGAUCCAACUCGGACGAGCCCACGUCGAUCUACAAAGCGAACCUCGGUGCGAAGGACAACCCGGCGUCUACAGGUUCCACCGUCCGAUCGGCCGCCACGUCGACCAGCAAAAAGGCAAAAGCAACCGCCACCUCUUCCGCCAGCUCCAGUUACUACUCCAGGUCGUUGCCUGCCGAUCUCAUGGCUGAAGAUGUAGUCAAGCGACACCAACGUCGGGUCCUCACGCGCGAGCUCGGCGCACAGAGAAUGCGCAAGCGCCACUUUGGCAGAGCCAUCGAUGCAGCAUCACCUCCGCAGCAGCAGCAGCAGCGAUCAUCGCUCGCCGAACUCGACUAG